AUGACAUGGUUGAAGAAAGUUCUGUUAAAGUAUGGCUCGAGGCGUCUUCUUUCAAUUGCUCGGAAGGAGGAAGUGAACAUACUGAAAAGCCUUCCAUCUGAAAUCAGAAAUAUUGGGAUUGUUGCUCAUAUUGAUGCCGGCAAGACCACUGUUACCGAAAGAAUGCUUUAUUUGGCUGGUGUGAUUCGCAGCAUGGGCGAUGUCGAUUCCGGAAAUACAGUUACUGAUUAUUUGGACAUGGAAAGAGAAAGAGGUGGAUAUUGCUGUCUCUAG